AUGGCCCCACCUGAACCAAUGGACUGGUCAGGACACCACUGGGACCCCACAGACAGACCGGGGCCUCCACUGGGACCACCCACAGAGACCACUACCAACAGGAGCCACACAGACUACAGACCCCCCCGGGACCGCACACACAGAUCAGACCCCACUGGGAACCAAUGGACAGACCAGGGACCCUACCAGACCCAAUGGGCAGGAUGUGACCCCAUCAAGACCCAAUGGAUACACCAGGGGCCCCAUUGUGAUGCCACAGGCAAAGCAUUCCCCAAAACGACCCCACAGAGAGACCAGCCCCUAGUGGGACUACACAGACACAACAGGACACCCACCAGGACCCCACCCAGAGGCCAGCACCCAGUGGGACCCCACGGACACACCAGGGCGCCCACUGGAAUCCCACAGACAGACCAUCGCCCCAACUGGGACACCACACAUAGGCCAGCUCCAACGGGACCCCACAGACAGAGCAGGGCCCCCAUCGGGACCACAGGGACAGACCAGGGCCCACACCAGUACCCCACGUAUAGACCAAAGCCCCCACCGGGAGCCCAUAUUCAGACCAGGGCCCCCACUGGGACCCCAAGGACCAAACUGGGCCCCCACCGGGACCCCACGCACAGACCAACCCCCAAAGGGACUCCACAGACAGACCAUGGCCACCACCGGACCCCACGGACACUUCAGGGCCCCCAGCGGGACCGAACAGACAGGCCAGGGCCUCCACCAGUACUCCACAGACAGACUAAGACCCCCACAGGGACCCCACGGAGACACCAGGGCCCGCACUGGGACCCCACGGACAGACCAGGGCCCCACUGGGACCACACAGUCAGACCGGGUCCUCCAUCAGGAGGCCACGGACAGACCAGGGCCCCCAUUGGGACCUAA